GAGGGGCUGCCCCGCCCCCUCCAACAGGAGCCAAUGGGAGGCUGCGGCCCCGCCCUCCUCCGGGAGGGUAUUUAGAAGCUGACCAGGGAAAGCCCUCGGAGCGCUGGGGAAGCCAGAGGAGAGAGUGCGGAGUGCAGGCCUGCCCCAAAUCCCGCCCCGGAGCCGGGGGAGCAGGGGCGGUGGGCGUGCGGGGCUGAGCCCACAGCCAGCAGAAGUGGGUGAGUCCCGGCGCGGCGUGUCCGGCACAGAGCUGCCCCGUCCCAGCCCCCGGCAGGCGCCACCAUGGUCUGGCUGGUGCUGCUGGGCGCACUGCUGUGCCUGUCGCGCGUCGGGGUGGGCGGCCUGGGCGCGGAGGGCUUCCUGCCCUCCGGUCCCCGUGACUGCCCCUACAGGUGUGUGUGCGCUGCCGACCUGCUGAGCUGCGCGGGCCUGGGGCUGCAGGACGUGCCGGCCGCGCUGCCCGCCGCCACCACAGACCUCGACCUGAGCCACAACGCGCUCCAGCGCCUGCGGCCCGGCUGGUUGACGCCCCUCUCCCGGCUGCGCGCCCUGCGCCUGGGCCACAACGAGCUGGACGCGCUAGGUCGCGGAGUGUUCACCAACGCCAGCGGCCUGCGGCUGCUCGACCUAUCGUCUAACGCGCUGCGGGCGCUGGGACGCCACGACCUCGAAGGGCUGGGGGCGCUCGAGAGGCUGCUGCUGUUCAAUAACCGACUGGCGCACUUGGACGAGCUCGCCUUCCGGGGCCUGGGCGCACUCAGCCGGCUCUACCUGGGCUGCAACCAGCUCUCCUCCUUCUCCUUUGACCACCUCCACGGCCUGGGCGCCACCCACCUCCGUACUCUGGACCUCUCCUCCAACCGCCUGGGCCGCAUCCCCGUGGCUGCCCUGGCUGCCCUGCCGGCCUUUCUCAAGAACGGCCUUUACUUGCACAACAACCCCCUGGCCUGCGACUGCCGCCUCUACCACCUGCUGCAGCGCUGGCUCCAGCGGGGCCUCAGUGCCGUCAGUGACUUCGCCCCACAGUACAUGUGCCUGGCCUUCAGGGUGCCCACGUCCCGCGUGCGCUUCUUUGAGCACAGCCGCGUCUUCGAGAAUUGCUCGGCCGCCCUGGCCGGGGGCCUGGAGCGGCCCGAAGAGCAGCUGCACGUGCAGAUGGGUCGGCCCCUGACGCUGCGCUGCAACACCAGCGCCCCGGCUGUGCGCGUCGCCUGGGUGUCCCCAAAGCAGGAGCUGCUGGUGGCCCCGGGGUCCCGAGACGGCAGCAUUGCGGUGCUGGCCGAUGGCAGCCUGGCCAUCAGCAACGUGCAGCCGCGGCACGAGGGGCUCUUCGUGUGCCUGGCCGCCGGGCCGCGCCUGCAUCACAACCAGACGCACGAGUACAACGUGAGCGUGCACUCCCCGCGCCCGGAGCCCGAGGCUUUCAACACGGGCUUCACCACCCUGCUGGGCUGCGCCGUGGGCCUGGUGCUCGUGCUGCUCUACGUGUUCGCGCCGCCCUGCCCGGGCUGCCGCCGCUGCUACCGCCGCACCUGCACCUGCCGCCGGCUCUGCUGGCCCCGCGGGCCCGGCCCCCUCCAGGAGCCGAGUGCGCGGCUGUCGGGGCUCGGCGCCACCCCGCCCGACGGGCCCAGCCGCAAGGCCAGUGUGCACAAGCACGUGGUCUUUCUGGAGCCGGGCAGGAGGGGCCUCAACGGGCGCGUGCAGCUGGCGGUCGCCGAGGACUUUGAUCUCUACAAUCCCGUGGGCCUGCGGCUCCACGCUGGCUCUGAGUCGGCUAGCUCCACGGGCUCCGAGGCGCUGGUGAUAUCCUAGGCUGCCCUGGGCGCAGAGCCAGGCCACCGCCCGCCCGCUGCUUUGCCCCGCUCCCCGCUGCCGCCCCGGGCAAGAGCUGCCAGAUGCUGGGGGCGGCGCGGGGCUUGGUCCUCCAGCCUCCUGUGUGGCCUCGACCUCAACUACAGCAGCCCCACUCGCUGAUGGAAGGGCUGGGCUCCCCGCCCUCUCUCCUGCUCUGCCCUCACACAGGGCUCAAAGGCCGGAGGCCCCCGCACGACCUGCUGGUGCCCAAGUGUCCCCCGAGGCCUGGAACUGGGGCCAUCUGGAAGGGCCCGUGCGUUAGAGCCCGAGGCACCCCCUUAGGGGCCGAGGCAGCUAUCAAGCAGUAGUGGCGAAGAACUGAAGCAUAACCAUCUUCCCCUUCCCAGUGGGGCAGGAAGAGAGUGGGCGCCCAGGGGAAGAGGAGGAGAGCGCCAAAGGAAGACCUAGGCCCCCACCCAGGGUGGAAGAAGGAAACCCGCACCAACAUCUAACCUCCUUUAAGCUUCACAACUCCGUGCAGUCUGGUGGGCAGGCAGAAAGGCGAGAGACCCCUCCCCGCCACCCCUCGGGGGGCCUGGCCCGAGCCCCAGCCAGAGCAGCCUCGCCGUCUCUGGCCAGCGGCAUCCACAGGCCACUCUGAGGGCAGGGUCUCUUCCGUGGGCUCACAAGACAGUAAGGGCCACCAGGGCCUGUCCCCCAGCUUUUCAGCAGUAAAAAGCCUGCUGAGCAUGGCCAAGAUGGGAGGGCUGAGCCAGAACUCACUGUCCCUCGAGGGUAGAAGCCUCUUAAGGGCUGGCACUGGUCUCGGCCUAAUGGCCGAGGCCGUGCCCUGGUCUUAUACCCAUCUUGCCACCCACCGCAGGGAGGCGGGGAAGAGGGGUCUGAGAGCCCUCCUGUGUGGGUGCUGAGCUGGGGGCUCCUACGAGCAUCCUGGAUCCAGUUGUCCUGGAGUUCCUUAAUAAAGGUGGUACAUGCUCAUUACCGGACCCUUCGCGAACACAAGUAGCAGCGCGUGUCCUCAGCCCGAGCCCAGCAGUGCCGUCCCGUACGUGCAGGAUAGCACCCCAGCCCUGCCUGAGGCAUAACCACAAGCCAGUGUGCGCUCCGAUUCUUCUACUCAGAGCUGCUGCUGCUGCCACCUGGUUGGGCAGUUUGUACCUCACGGCCUUCCGCCUGCCUCAAAAGCCUGAUACCGAGGUUCACUGCAGAGGCAAAGAGACAGCGGCAGGAGGCCCUGGCCGGCCCACUCCCGCCAGCCACGCCAGCUCCCGUGGGCCCACGGGCCUCACACUCACCCCGAGGCCGGGCCAUGCGCCAGGAGCCGCACCAGGAUGCCCGUCACGGCCACCAGAAUGGGGUAGUGGUCCACGCUCUCCAGGCCUGGGCGGGGGAGGAGGGAAGGCAAGAGCUGCUGCGUGCUCCUCCUGCAGGGGGUCUAGGCCUGCCUGGCUAGCGCCAGCCCCCCUCCCCAGCACCCUCCCCGCAGAAGGGCGAGCUAAGGCUGCGGGGGCCCAGGCCGGCUGUCCCGACACAGCACGGACGAUCAGGCAUCCCUGCUCCCAGCGGAGGCAGCGAGCCCCGGGAUAUGUUGGGUGUGGGGCGCUGGGUCCUCACCAGGCAGCCGCAGGGUGACCACGCGGUCAAACAGGUUCCUCUCAGCCGUCACCCGGUUCAGCACCUGGUUGAGGAGCUGUGGAGCCCAUUGGUGGGUGUCGAGGGUGGGCUCGCCACUGGGGCCUUCCCGGGGGCCCCCCUCUCCCUGCCCAGAUGGACACACCUGCGCGAGACGCCGCAGCAGCAUCUCAGACGUAGGCCGGGCCCAGUCAAGGAAUAUGUCGGGCACCAGCGUGAUGGUCAUCUCCAGGACCCGCAGCAAGCUGACUGAGAGGUCGAAGCACGUGGCGCACACCUUGAGCUGCCGGCUGUCCACGAAGUUCCGCUCUAGGCGCUCGGCAGCCUGUUGGAUCUGAGCCACCGGCGGGGGGCAGGCAGCGCUCAGUGGCCUGGGGGCGCCGCACGUCGCGCCGGGCCCACUGCAACGCUGCAGCCCGCCCGACCCACCGACCCGCCGUGACGCACCUCCUGGAUCAUGCCGAUGAACUCCGAGAAGGCCCAGUUGAGCUGGUUGAGGACGCUGUUGAGGAAGCUGGGCGCCACGUCGGGCCCCUCCCGCAGCAGCUCCGCCAUGUGCUGCUGAAGCAGGGUGGAGGGGCAGGGCUCUGUGGGGGCGCGAGGAGGCGGCGUCACCGAGGACUCCAUUCUGGGGCUCCUGCCUGCCCUGUCUACCUCCGUCCUCACUUGUUGGGCCAUUGGUGUACGGACAGGAAGAUGGCUCCCUGAGAACGCUCAGGUCACGAAGGCGGGAGGACAGGGUACAGCCCUGUCCGGGGGUUAGAGCUAAAUCUGUCCCUCCAUCUGUUGGGCAAGCCACGGGCUGAAGUCCUUUUCAGCCCCACACCAUUCCUUAAGCCUAGAGCUGCCCCCCAGCCUGUCCCCAGCGAGUUCUCAGCCACAUGGCUUUCAGGGAGGGCUAGACCCAGACAGGGUGACCCAGACCUCUCCUCACUCGUAUCCAGGUCAGCGUCCCUAAGACAUACUUGUCUGAGCCCUCUCCUCUCCUCUGCUGCCCUUGGCCUGGCCUUCGCAUAUGGCCGAGGUGGUGGGUGCCAAGUCUGGGCUGACAGGGAGCGGUAACCAGAGCCCUUAGCCGCAGCUGGGCUGGACACCCGCCCCCCCCCCGCCCCCGCCCAUGCAAAUCAAUAGUUCCUACAGCAGCAGGACAAGUAUCUGGUCCCACUGCCAUUCUCCAUCUGCAGCUCAGUUCCACCUGCAGGCACGACCAAAACAAUUGGCAAGGACUUGAUGUGUGACUUUGCACAAGGCAAUCAGCCUCUGGGGACCCCUUCACGCAAAAACCCUGCCCACGAGGGCAGAAACACACCACGUGGGCCAAGGAAAGCCACCCUGUGGGGUGAGCGCAGUGUGUGGCAGGCAGACUGCAAGCUGGCCCACCCCAGGCCCGCCCUAGGUGAAGGUCCUCGGGUUCACAGGGCUCUGCUGGACCAUGGCCCCCAAAGACAGAGCGAAGCCUCUGCUCCCAACCAAAUGCCUCUUCCUCUUGGAAGCUCCAUGGGCACCGCCUAGUCUGUGCCCCUGCCUUGACUGAAGUACCCAAGGUCUGGCACCAGCAGAUGGCAAUGAAGGGGGAGAAGGACAUGGUGCUGGGACCAGGCUGGAGGUCAGGAAGCUGGUUCAGGGUCCUCACUCUGUGUCAGCUGCAGGCAGCCUGGGAAGAUACUGCCCUUUUUCCCUAUGACCCAGCAGAGCAUUCGGGCCCAAAGGGCACACGUGGCACUGGGGAGCCAGGGGGAGUAGGCCCAGUGUCCCUGGACAGAGAGGAAGCUGGGAGAUGGAAGCCCCAGGGGGCAGAGUUGGGGCCCAGCAGGAGUGCAGGACAGAGGCUGGGAGAAGAGAGAAGACUCCUAGAGGACCCAAGAGCAGCCACUCACUCUGGAGACUGGGCAAGUUGGCAUCCUCGGGUUUGGUUUUCAGCAGGUGCGGCAGCCGUGUGUAGCGGUACCCGAACCCACAGCCCUGCGAGGGGGGUCCGUGGGGGGUCAGCUGGGGUUAGGGCAGCUCUCCCCUCCAGCCUGCCACAGCCACCUCCCCUCCAGCCGGGCUUACCCUCCACAGCCGCACCAGGAUCCAGUUGGUCUGGGCCCAGGGCCGCUGCUCAUAGGGAGCCAGGAGGCUCCUCACCAUGGCGACACGCCUGCGAGGGCAAGGGGUGGUGGGUAAGGGCUGAGGCUGGGCACCGUGUGGGGCAGAGCGCGUGCCUCCCCGCUCUGGCCCGCACUCACUGCUCCUCGGGGAUCCGCUCCACGGCCCGCAGGGAGUGUGGGUAGCACACGUAGCUGGCCAGGGCCUGCAUCAGCGAGUCACGGAUGUCUGUUGGGACAGGCCGUGCCUCAGCAGGUACCUGGCACGAGCCCCAGCCCCCGCGCCUCACGCCCACCCGGACGGCAUUCUGAGCAGACAAGAGCCGGCCGGAGACGCCAUCCCAUCCCCAUGCCCCAAGCCCUCUGGAGGGCUCCUCACCAGUGCCCACGAUGCGUGUGUCAGCAAAGUGUUUGGCAAGGAUGGCGGCCAGGCGGGUCAGGGUCUCUUCGUAGCCUGCAGGAUGGGGCAGGGGCAGUGCUUGGCCGGGGGCGGCGGCUCCAGGGGCAGGCCCAUCCCCCUGGCAGGGUGAGCGGGCUUGGGCGGAGGACUCCGGAGUGGACCCCCAGAGCCAGUCUGGGCCGGAGCUGUCAUGCAGGGGCUUCGGGCAUGAUAUUCACUGACUGACGGGCCAUUGCACAGACUCACUGGCGGGGCGGGUGGGGACGGUCCUGCAAGACUGGGCUCAAGCCCAUCUCAGCACACACCUGAUGGCUCAGCAGUCAAAGCCCCUUGGGCACCCACAGCUCUGCCUCUGAGCACAAAGGCUGCACCUAGGCCUGGGGCGGGGCAGGGGACAGGCCGGGGGGCCCGAUCCAGACACAAACCACCAAGCCCAGGCUGAAAUGGUCUGCGAGAAGCCCAAGCUCCUACACACGGCCUCCAGCAGAGCAUCCCCGCCUGCUGUGACCUGCAAACACAAGCCGCAUCCCGAGGCCAGUGCCAGGGCGCGAGGUGAGGCCAGCUGGCUCCCAGACCACAGCGGCACCGAGGAGGAAGUGAAAGCCUGAGGGACGCCCACCCCGGCACUCCAUUUUGUCUCCUUCCCUCCCAGCACCAGGGAGGAGCCAUUGGCUCUGGGACUACGGUGCCGGGCAGGGCUCUCCAGCAGGUGGGGCUUUUGCAAAUGCUUGUCUACUACAGGGCCGAGGAGAAGAGGGGCUGCCCGCGCCCGCUCCCUCCGCGGAUGCGUGCUGCUGGGCUAGGAGGCUCAGAACGGGGCUGCCAGGGCUCAGGCCAGAGGCCUCCUUGUCACCUGGGAGCUCCUCCAUGCUGUGCACGGGGCCGAAGUAAUUCUUGAGGGCGCUGUAGCUGUUGAUGGCCACGCUCAAGUAGAACUCGGGCAUGAAGGCAAAGAGAGACCCCGUGCGGUCGCCGUGCUCAACGGUCCGCAGGCAGACGCGCAGCAGCCAGUAGAUGUCGAGCAUCUUCUCCUGCGGGAGGCACAGGGGCUGCUGCUGGGCUGCUCGUGGGAAGGGUCACAGGGGCAUGGCUCGGUCCGGGGGCCCAGGAAAGGCCUCCGUGUUCCCAAGUGGGUGCAGUGGCUCGGGCAGGGCAGUCACGUGUUUGGCAGGCGAGAGGGUGCACCCCGUGCCCAGAAAGGGCAACGCCCCAGCC